UUUUGACUGUUCAAUUUUCUUCCUUCCUGAAUCUCCCCAGAAGGACGCGUGUGUUUUCUGUGCUUCGGUAGAAAAAUUGCCUUUAACCCGUUAAAAUCGUUAAAAAUCCUGUUAAAACAUAGUGCUUUAAGUGCUUCCAUCAACCAAGAACGCUAGCGCAGUAAAUUAUGGCCGAUCAAUACGCCUCUUACGGUCAGCAGGAUUACGGUGGUAUGUCGUACUCGGUCCCACCGCCACCGGUUCCGCAAAACUUUAACCAGCCCCCACCGGGAGUGGGUGGUGGGGCCGGUGCUGCCGCCGGGGGUGGUGGAGGUUAUGGUGGCGGUGGCGGCUACGGAGGUCAAUAUCAGUCUGCACCGGGUGCAACGUCCGGCGGCUAUGGUGGCCAAUCGGACUAUAAGUCUGGUGGUCGCGGAGACAGCGGCGGUUACGGAGGCGGAAACCGUGGAGGGUACGGAACCGGAGGCGGAGGCGCUGGAGGACCCCGAGGUGGUAAUCAAUCCGGCGGUUACAGCAGUGGCGCCGGCAACAAGGGUGGUUAUAAUAGCAAAGGUGAUGGAGAAAUGGUCACCCAAGAGGAUACCAUCUUCAUCCAGGGCAUGACGGCGGAAACGACGGAGUCGGAAAUCGAGGAACGCUUCGGUUCGAUCGGUUUGAUCAAGAAAGAUAAACGCACCAUGAAGCCGAAAAUCUGGAUGUACAAGGACAAGGAAACGGGUCGCAUGAAGGGCGAAGCCACUGUAACCUAUGAGGACGCGAACGCGGCCCAAUCGGCCAUCGAAUGGUUCGACAACAAGGAGUUCAAUGGUUCGAAUAUCAAGGUUUCGCUGGCCCAGCGAUACAACACCUGGCAGAACAAGGGCGGCAACCGUGGUGGUUUCAACAAGGGAGGAGGCGGCGGUGGCUUUGGAGGAAACCGUGGUGGUGAUCGGGGAGGUUUCGGAGGCGACCGUGAUGGUGGAGACCGCGGAGGUUCUCGUGGAGGAGGUGGUGGUGGUGGUGGUCGCUUUGGGGCCGGUGCUGGUGGUGCCGGAGGCGGUGGCGGCGGUGUCCAGGAACGUGAAGGAGACUGGACCUGCGGAGAAUGUAAGAACAAAAACUUUGCUUGGCGUAACGAGUGCAAUCGCUGCAAGGCUCCCAAAGGUGAUGGUGCUAGUGGUGGCGGCGGAGGCGGCGGUGGUGGUGGAUUCGGAGGACGUGGAGGUGGUGGUGGCGGCCGAGGCUCAUUCGGAGGCGGUUCACGCAAUGGUGGUAGUGGGGGUGAUCGUGGAGGUUUCGGAAGUCGAGGAGGCGGUGGCGGUGGUGCCAUGCGAGGAGGUGACCGUGGCCGCGAGAAUCGGCAAAGACCAUACUAAGAAUUCGGUUUGAUAUAACACUUAAUCGAAAAGCCACCUAAACACUGGUACACCAACCUUCAUCGCUCGAUGAAAUUGUUUGCAAACUACAGACGAUAUUACCCUUGACGACAUCGCCCAUCCUACGGACGGAUACAAGACGGGAGAAAAUUCUGUUUCAUUGCUAUGAAACCGUUGUGUGUAUCAUCACACAAAGCAACAAAUGUAUAACUAAGAAUUUACUGUAUUAAAAUUACUACAAUUUGCAUUACAAAGGACAAGAACAAAAAAUAGUGUGUAAGAAUAAUAUUGUCUCUCGGCUGAAUCUAGGGACAACUUUGGUUGCAACAGUAUAAGUAGUAAUACCAGAAAAUACCUAAUAUAAUAAAUAAAUCAGCACCAUCAGAAGGUUCGCCACUGCAAAAUCUUUGCGUCGUUAUCGCACGCAACAACUGAACUGUAAAAUAUAAAACCAUAAUAACUUAAA